AAUUUCCACGGCAUCUCAAUUUUGCGCUGAAGAAGGAAAAAGAAAAGUCCCAACUGAGGAAGCUCGCUGCCAUGGAGCAUCCCCAUGUUGCGAUAAUUUGAUGGUCGGUUCUUCCGAAGAAGGGAGUGACAAAGCAAUGCGGAAAGCGAUGUCCUUUCUUGCUCAACCGCGAUGCCUGCUCCUGUUCCUUGUUCUUUCAGUUUUUCUGAUUUUCGCCUUCUCUGUCUCCAAGCGGGCUGAGGAGAAACCAGAAGAGGAGCCUGAAAUUACACACAGAGUAUUCUUGGAUGUUGAUAUUGAUAACCAACGCUUAGGUAGGAUCAUUAUUGGAUUAUAUGGCCAAGUUGUACCAAAAACUGUGGAUAAUUUCAGAGCUUUGUGCACAGGGGAGAAAGGCAAGAGUUCCAAUGGCAUAAAACUUCAUUAUAAAGGAACACCAUUUCAUCGCAUAAUAUCCGGUUUCGUGAUUCAGGGUGGAGACAUUGUUCAUCGAGAUGGCAGGGGAUAUGAAUCUAUUUAUGGUGGCACCUUUCCUGAUGAAAAUUUCAAGAUAAAACAUUCCCAUGCUGGGGUUGUCUCUAUGGUGAAUUCUGGACCUGAUUCCAAUGGCUCGCAGUUUUUUAUCACCACCGUGAAGGCUAGCUGGUUGGAUGGAGAACACGUUGUAUUUGGGAAGGUAUUAGAAGGUAUGGACACUGUGUUUGCUAUAGAAGGGGGAGCUGGAACUUACAGUGGUAAACCUCGAAAGAAAGUAGUAAUAUCAGACUCUGGAGAGAUACCCCAGAGCCAGUGGGACGAGCAAGGGCGAAUUUCCUUGUCACAGUGACGACUAAUCCCCCGGGGGGGGGGUUGUCCCGGGAAAGAAAUUGUUUUAGCCUGUCGUUUUGGGUUCAAUUUCCUCUGCGAUGUGUCCAUGAGGCCUUAUGAGACAUGAUUUUCUAGAUAUGACGGUCUUAGGCAUUCCAAUAGAAAAGCAAGGGGGGUUGAACCGUUGAAGUAAUGUUAGGUGUAAUUUUCCCCCUUCAGAAUCUUUGAAAUUGAUGUAGGUUGUGUAUCUAAAUAUACGCACUCUUGUUUGAAAAGAUUCCGAUUUUAUUCAUAAAAACAUGUGAAUGGGCCAUGAAAAA